AUGCCACAAUUUCUUGUUCGUUUCAUCAAUGAUUAUUCGUACUUUCGUCUGCCGGAUUUGGAGAGCUGUGCUCGGGUGAACAACAUUCCCAUGCAACACAGUAGAAAGUUACGAGAGGAUGAAGUGUUUUAUUUUAUAGAAUUGCCAUCGGAAGAGGAUGCCAAAAAACUCGUUUCCCGAUCCGUAUUAAUUCAAGGAAUUUAUGAAGUUUGGGGAGUUGCUAGUACACCCGAAGAAUGUGUCCAACAAUGUGGAGAGUAUUGUGAGAAGAAUAGUGAGCAUGUUGGAAAGAUUUUACGUGAGGAUGUCUCUUAUCGGAUUGUCGUGGAAAAUUAUGGAUGUCGAUGGAAAAAGAAGGAAAAGGUGGAUUUAUUGAAACGAUUCACAACUAUUCCAUGGAAGGGAAAGGUUGAUUUACUAAACCCCCAACAAGAAUUUUAUAUAUUUCAAGAUUAUGAUAGUCCCAGUAUCCCCGGGUCUCACUUACACCAAGAUAAGAAGUCUUCUAGUAAUUUAUUAACAUCAUCGUCCACGAAUUGUGAGUCAUCUAGUGACGGUUCAAUCCAAAAUGACAAUGAUUUAUCAAAACACAAAGAAACUCUACCGCCAAAUGACGCAACAAAUACCAAUCAUGGAGGAAACAAUUCUACUAGUACCAAUUCAUCAGCUCAAGGACCACCAACUAAAAAGAAAAAGUCAUCAUCCUCUUCUCCGACGUCAUCAAAUAGCACCAAAGAUACAUCAUCACAGAAUCCACCAACUCAUCAAGCUGUGUUAAAGACCAUUUAUUUCACACGAAAAAUUGGAGAAGGUGGUAGACAUCUCAUCACCGAAUAUGACCUGAAGAAACGAAAAUAUAUUGGAACCACUAGCAUGAAUGCAACGCUGUCAUUCCUCAGCGCAAACAUGGCUCUUGCCAGUAGCAAAACUCUCAUUUAUGACCCAUUUGUGGGUACUGGAUCGAUUAUUGUUUCUGUGGCUCACUAUGGUUCUCAUGUGAUUGGCUCUGAUUUGGAUAUUCGUGUAGUGAGAGGAAAAAAUUUUCGUCAAAAAGGAAAUGUUGAGAGUGACGCAAAUAUUCAAACCAAUUUUGAUCAAUACGGCUUAACAAGAAAGGCAGGACUCGAGUUACUAAGGGUCGACAUGUCUCAAACACAAGUAUGGCGAAGCAUGUGUCACAAAAAUCACAAAAUUGCUCGACCGUUUUUAGAUGCCAUUGUAUGUGAUCCACCGUAUGGUAACAGAGAGGGUCCAAGAAAGAUUGGACGACACAAACCUCUCGAUCCUAAUAGCACUGCCCUCGAACGAGAAAAUUAUUUUCCAGGAACAAUUACGUAUGACGUGAAGGAAAUGUAUCAAGACUUGCUCGAAUUUGCUGCCAAAUCGGUUGUAAAGCAUGGAAGAAUGGUAGCAUGGUUAUUCAACUUUAAUGAGGAUUAUUCUGAAGAGGUCAUACCUCAACAUCGAUGUUUCAAACUCUUAUAUAACAGUUUGGAUCCUCUUAAUUCAAAGUAUCAUCGAAGAUUAUUGACUUAUGAGAAAAUUGAUGACUAUCACGAGUUGCCAGACAUCACAUCUUCCUCUAGUAUUUCCAGCGAACAAAGAAAAUAA